UCAUUCAGCCACAUCAAUUGCCGAGUGUGUGUCAGAAGCGAGCUUAUUGAAGACAGAAUGGAAAACGAUAAUCAAGCCAUAGAUAGUCAAAUCCAAGGUAAGUAAUCGCUCUUAACGAAAAAAAGAAAAAAAGUAGAGACGUUGAUUUAAAAGAAAGGUCGAGGCUAUUACAAUAAGUAUUGGAAUUCUUUUAUUUAGCGAUACUGAACGAAGGCAAUGAUGAAAUGGUGGACAGUGACAUUAAAGAUAAGACUAAGGAGGGUUUUGAAAGGUGUUACGAGUGGCGGGUCUUUUAUUCUAGAGUAAACUAAAUAAAUAAAUAACCCCAAAGGAGUCGAAGGUAGCGGACACAGCCGAAGGCAACCGAAGGUACCCUAAGACUUCGGAAUGAACCCAAAGGCAGCCAAAGGUAACGAACAUAGCCGAAGGCAACCGAAAGUACCCUAAGACCUCGGAAUGAACCCGAAGGCAGCCGAAGGUAACGAACAUAGCCGAAUAUGGUCGAAGGUACCCUAAGACCUCGGAAAGAACCCGAAGGGAGUCGAAUGAUCCCGACGACCUAAAAACAACCGGAAGUUAGUGAAAUGAACCGGAAGUAAGCGAAAAUAACUCUCGUUUCUAUUUUUUAUAGAUUUAAUGGACUCCCAGGACAAUGAAUUAUUCUUAGCCGCCUCUCGCCGCUACGAGCAACAGGGUGGGAACCCUAUCUUUCGGGCCAUCUUUACCCAAGCAGGCAGAAACCGCUCGUUUCGCGGAAUAGUGCAUCAAAAGAAGUUUCGCCUAACAUUUCUUCAACUUCGAGCCCCAGAAGAAAACGAACCACUCGGCGAAGCUUUAACAGAAGCGAUUCGCCAAGGACUGCAGCAAGUCGUCCAGGCAGAAAACAUCAAUCCUGCCCAAUAUUCCCUGCUUGUUGCCAUCCAUUCCAAUUCCAUCACCAACAUAUGGGCCCAGUCCGCCAGAAACGUACCCUUGAAUGAAUGGUUAAACAAUCAGGAAUAUGCCAGAGCUUAUUUGGAACAGCUAGCCAGAAAAUUGAAUUCUGCUCAAAUGAUUGACCCCGAAAGAGAUGGCUUUUUUGUCGAACUGACUUUUGUCAAGACUUUUGGACAGGGAAGUCGACCUGCAAAGAAAAACCCUGGAAAAAUGGCCUGGGAAAAGAUGGCAAAAACAAAACGAUGCGUCGUUCAAAUUAAAAACAACGACGAUCUUUGCCUAAGCCGCGCCAUCGUGACUAUGAAGGAGCGUUGUGACGGUGGCUCCCAAUACCAAAAUCUGAGAAAAGGAAAACGCAUUCAAGAACGUUUGGCUCGGCUGUUACAUCAAGAAGCGGGUGUUCCAGAGGGCCCCUGUGGAUUCGAAGAACUUCAAGCAUUCCAAGACCAUCUAGGCCCACAGGGGUACCAACUCAUCGUAGUAGAGCCAAUUAGGUGUCUCACUGUGUUUAAGGACCCCACAUACAAUGAGGCACCCCAUUGGAUUGGUUUAGUAAAGUACCAAGGGCAUUAUGACGGCUUAACCAGCAUCCCAGCCCUUCUUAACAGAAGUUAUUAUUGCCGUCACUGCGACCAUGGCUACAGCACAGAGGAUUAUUCUCAUCAUAAUUGUGAGGGCCAGAACUGUGAUUCAUGUUGCCGUACCAAUCACAGCUGCCCCAAUUUCGCCACCUGGGUGAAGCCCAGCGUGUAUUGUCCUGAUUGUAAUGGUUGGUUUUACGGUCAAGAUUGUUUUCAGGCCCAUAAAGCCAAAACCAAGAAAAAAAAGGAAAAAAGCAUCUGCGAAACGUGGAAAACCUGCCACCUAUGUUGCGCGGGGUACACUGUAAACCCCAAAAAACCGCAUAAAUGCUUCCAUGUGGUGUGUAGAAACUGUGGAGAGUUUCAGCAUGUGAACCAUCGAUGUUAUAUCCAGCCCAUCCGAGAAGAGAAACAGCAACAACAAACCUUAGAAGUAGAAGAAGAAGAAGAAGAAGACCUGUUAGAAGAAUCCCUUGCAGAGGGCGACAAUGAAAACAAUGACAAUAAAGGACCGCCCCCCAAACCCCUGCUAGUCUUUGCAGACAUUGAAUGUAGUUUAGACGCAGACCGAGUCUUUACCCCUAAUUUAAUUUGCUGGUCCGCCGAAGAUGAAGACGAAAUCCAUCAUACUGAGUCCAUGACCGACUUCCUGGAGGCUUUAGAAGAUCUUACACAUGUAGAAGACGACGAACGGGAGCGCAAAGUGAUCACAUUUUUCCAUAAUCUCCGUGGGUUUGACGGGAACUUCAUUUUAGAAACAUUGUACGAUCAAGGACGCGCCGUGGAGAGACCGCUGACCCAAGGUGCCAAAAUCCUAUACUUUGAAACAGGCGAUCUGGUGUUUAAAGAUUCAUUAAAUUUCUUCGCUAUGCCUUUGGAACGCUUUCUAGCCACAUUUCAUUUAACCGAGUUACAUAAAGGUUAUUUUCCUCAUGCUUUUAAUCGUCAAGAAAAUUUCCAUUACGUUGGCGAGUACCCACCCAUGGAUGCUUAUGAUCCUGAUAGCUUCGAUAGCAAGAAACGAGAUGCCUUUAAAACGUGGUACAAUGAAAAAGUAGCCUCAAAUGCAAUCUUUAAUUUCCAAGAGGAACUGUUGACCUAUUGCAAAUCGGAUGUCCAAUUGCUCAAGGAAGGAAGUUUAAAAUUUAUCCAAGAAUUUGAAGAAAUCGCCGGGUUUAAUCCCCUCAUCACGUCUAUUACCAUUGCCUCCGCCUGCAACCAUUUCUGGAGAAAAGAAAAGUUGGAAGAAGAUUUAAUUGCUUUGGAACCUGCAGGCGGAUGGCAUGGUAACCAUAUAAAUCAAAGCAGCAUUGCCCUGGAAUGGUUGUACUGGCAGGACUUCCAGCGUGGAGGAAUGGGGCGUGUCCGCCACGUGCGGAAUGGUGGCUAGGUCCAGGUGUUGACCCCUGCUCAAUGUUAUUAUGUGGACGGGUUUGACCAACAGACCAAUACCGUAUUGGAAUUUUACGGCUGCUAUUUUCAUGGCUGUCCGCGUUGUUUUAAGAAAGAACGAAAUGUAAGAAGAAAUUGCCAUCGCGAUCGCACCGUGGAAGAAGUCUAUCAAGCCACCUUAAAAAAAGCCGCCAUGUUGAGAGAAGCGGGUUAUACAGUCAUAGAAGAAUGGGAAUGUCAUUUCAAACAAGAAAAGAAAACAAAUGUGGAAUUGCAAGCCUUUUUGAACGAAUUGGAAAUGGUCGAACCCAUCAACCUAAGAGAUGCUUUUUAUGGGGGACGGACAGGGGCGGUGUCUCUCCAUUGCAAAGCUGCCUUGCCAGAUCUCAUUAAAUAUGCUGACGUCACGUCUCUUUACCCAUUUGUGAACAAAUACAAAGAAUACCCUGUCAGAUUUCCUAUCAUUUAUACAUCACCAUCAGAUCAGGACAUUGCUCAUUAUUUUGGCAUCGCGAAAAUCGACAUUCUUCCGCCUCAGUUUCUCUACCACCCGGUGUUACCCUAUCGAGCAGGGGGUAAAUUGACCUUUCCAUUGUGUGCUGCCUGUGUGCAAGAACAGCAGCAAAAACCAUGGCUGGACAGAACGAACAUGUGUGCCCAUACUGAUAACGAAAGAAUGCUGCGUGGUACAUGGGCCACCAUCGAAAUCCAAAAAGCUGUGGAACUGGGUUACCGUGUUUUAAAGAUCCACGAAGUGUGGCAUUUUCAAGAACAAGAUCGACGAACAGGUCUGUUCGCCGACUAUGUCAACACUUGGCUUAAGAUCAAGCAAGAGUCAGCGGGCUGGCCAGAUGACUGUCACACCCCAGAAGACAAGCAGAAUUACAUCAGACGGUACCAGGAGCGGGAAGGGAUCACCCUUGAAAACGUCGCCAAAAACCCGGGAAGGAAACAAGUGGCCAAAAUGAUGCUCAACUCGUGAGUAUUUGUUUAUGUUUACAAUAACAUGCAGUAGAAGUCUGCAUUUUAACCUUGUUAGUGGCAGGAAAAGUCUGCAUUUAAGAAACACCGUGUUGAAAGAAAGUACAAACACUCUUUGACCUAAAAAUUAGAAGGAAAUGUAUGGAUAAGUUGCAGACAAAGUCUGCAUGUUAACCACGUAAAAUGCAGACAAAGUCUGCAAGUUAAGAACCCCCAUUGAUUUGUUUUUUGUUGUUGCUGUUUUUCUCGUUGUCUCUCCAUUUUUCUAGCUUCUGGGGCAAAUUCGGAGAAAGAAGCAACAAGCCACAGACUCACGUCAUCAGAAGUGCCCAUGCCCUCUAUGCUCUGCUGAAUGACCCUGCCUUCCAUAUCAGUAACAUCCGAAUCUGCUCGGAGGAUGUUUUAGAGGUCGUCACCACAAGGGCAGAAGAAGAAGUAGAACAAAAUGUGAAAACCAAUAUAUUUAUAGCAAUUUACACCACCGCGCAUGCGAGGCUUAAACUUUACUCAGCCUUAGAAACGCUUCAGGAACGUGUCCUUUAUUAUGACACGGAUUCUGUUAUUUACAAAUGGCGUCCUGGGCAGGUAGAAAUUCCCCUAGGUGUUUUUUUAGGAGAUUUUACUGACGAAACUGACGGAGAUCCCAUCAUAGAAUUUGCGAGUGGAGGGGCGAAAAAUUAUGGGUAUGAAACCAGGGGAGGGAAAGUGGAAUGUAAAGUCAGAGGGUUUUCUCUGAACUACAGAAAUAAGUUGCUUUUAAAUUUUUAUGCUUUACGUGAUAACAUUUUAAAAGAGUUGGAUGACCCUCAAGAGGAAAGGAGAAAUAUCACGUUGGUCGAUAAGAAUUUCUUUGACCGUGACCAAGCCAACAAGAGAAUUCGAUUGAUUGAAAGGGAGAAAAAGUAUGGGUUAGUGUUCGAUAAACGAGUUGUCGAUAGGGCCACUCGUAAGUCCUAUCCGUAUGGAUACGCUCGCAUUCAAAGCGAGGUCGACAUGCUAUCAGAGCUAUAA